UAAAAAUCAAUCAAGAUUUUUUUUAUAAAAAAAAUACCAACAGGGUUAAAAAGGUAAAAAUAUGUUGGUUACUCUCACUCAAGAUAGCUAUUAGCCAUUCAAGUUAGUGGGCCCCAUUCGAUACUAACAAAGUAACAAAAUCCACAAGUCAUCAAGAGUUCAGUUGCACAUCAAUUUUUAGCCCUCAUUCCCAACUUAAUUACCAUUUCAACCAUAUCAUUCCUAAAAGAAAGGAAUCCUUCAUUAUCAUCCCAGAUCUCCAAACAACAAAUUCAACACAAUUUUAUCCAAACUAUAAAGGUAUCCCAGGGAACAGUAAUAAUAAUAGAGGGAACAAAGGCACUUCUUCACAUCCCAUAUGGAAUAUUCAGAGAAGCCACUUCCAACUUCAAGAAGAGAUGAUAAACGUUAUGGAGCAAGUAAAAGUGUUGCCGACUCUACAAAAGCCAAAGCUGAAACCGCGCUUUCCGAUGCUCGAAAAACCGUACGAGAUCUAGCUCUAAAGAUUGAAGAAUCAAAUUCAAGAGCCAAAAGUAUGCAGCAGAAGCAACAGAAAACCUCAAAAUGGCAUGGCCAAGAAGAACAUGAAUUGUCGUUGAAGAACAAGGAGGAUUAUCAGUAUGCACAAGUGGUGAAAGAAAUCGAACGCAUCAAACAUGAGUUGGGCCAACUAAAGCUCGAUAUGAAACGUGUUUUGAAGGGAAAAAAACAAGCAGAGAGUGCAUUCAAGGCCUCGGGUUCUAAAAACUCCACACUUUCGAGUGCAGUAGAAAGAAUCAAGAAAGAGAUUGAAGACAUCGAUGAAGAGCAUGUUCUAGUGGAAUUAGCACGGAUCGAAGCUGUUAAAGAACGAGAAGCCAUUGAAGCUCAAAGAAAAGAAGAAGCUAAUCGCUACCAAACCCAGUUGGAAGAAGUUAAAAGGAAAGUCAAAGAUGUUGACCAACAUGAUGAAGUCACACAAGAGCUCCAAUUAACACUUUAUAAUGUGAAUAUAUUAGAAAAAGAACUUGCUCUAGCUAAAGAAACAAACGUGAGUCCGGAUUUGCUACAUACAAUCACGGAAGAACUAGAAACCGCAAAAACCGAACUUGCCAACAUUAAAAGAGAAGGAUUUAAUUUCAUAACCUCCAUCGAUGUCCUUAGAAAUGAGCUCAAACUCGUUCAAGAAGACACAGCUCGUUUGGAAAAAGAAGAAGAGAAACGAGACGCAACGGUUCAAGCACUAAAUACAAAGAUAUUAAAAGGGAAAGCCAAAUUGGAAUCCGUUACCGCAACCACAGAAAAUGCUAAUUUGAUUGCAUCGAAUCUAUCACUCACGGUUGACCAGUUACGAGCAGAAACCGAGACAGCAAAGAAAGAGAAGGAGCUUAUCAUUGAAGAAAUCGAAAAGAUCAAGUUGGAAAUUCCUAAAACCGAGUCGGAGAUAGAAUUAUCAGAGAAAAGAUUAGAAGCUGCCAUGGAAGAGCUCAAAACCGCCAAGUCAUCAGAAUUCACCGCUCUAGAGAAUUUAAAAAAUCUGAUCGAAUCUACAGUACAAUCUCGGGAGUUGACUUCUCAAAGUAACUCAACUAUAAAAAUCACCAAUUUUGAAUACGAGUAUUUAACAGGAAAGGCGGGAGGUGCAGAAGAGAUUGCUGAUAAAAAAGUUGCUGCGGCUCAAGCGUGGGUGGAAGCACUAAAAGCAAAUGAAAAGGAGAUAAUGAUGAAAACCAAAAUGGCUAAACAAGAGAUUAAAGAGUUAAAUGUGGAGGUAGAUGAUGAUGGCGGGGAUGCAUAUGGAACGGAUACAGUUGGCAGGAGGAGGACCGUUGAUGGAGAGUUAAAUACAUGGGGGCAAAACGAGGUAAAAGUUGUGGCAUCGCCUAGGAGAUCGAUGUAUAAAGUUGGAAAUAUGACACCUGGAAAGCGAAGGUCGCAAAAGUUUUUAUCUCCUGCAGCUCGUCAAGCGAUUAAAUCAGCUUCUUUCACUAGGAAAAGGGAAAAGACGCCGCAAAAUUUAGAGAAGUUAUUGGAUGAAAAUGAUGUAAUGGGUGAGUGAAUAUCUCGUAUAUAAAAGCUCUUGAUGUUCAAUGACAUUCUCUGUAGUGAUAAGUGAAUAAAGAGUUUUGUGUACGGGUGAUAGUUAGCA